AUGGCCUACUACAUGACUGAUGUCACCAAGGAAAACCGUCAGGAUGAAGCGAGAUUCUCGCCGAAUCGAGAGGCUACUGCCGAAGACUUACAGAAGAUUGGAGUCGAAUGCACGAAGGUAACAUUCUGUCUCGGUUUCGAUGGGCACGCCACUCAUUCAGGUCGAUUUUGAUGACGCUAACGUACAAGAGGACCUGGAUCGUCUUAUCAAGAAGUAUGAAAUGAACUUCCACGACGAGGUCCACAUCUGCCGUGCCACUAUGGCCGAUUUCGAGAGCAAAGUGAGUGGAAUCACUGGUUUCCAAUAGAAACUGCCCAUUUCAGUUGGACAUGUUCUUUGCGGAACACCUCCACGACGACGCAGAGCUCCGCAUCGUCAAGCACGGAGUCGGAUACUUCGAUGUUCGCGGAAAAGAUGUAAUACGCUCAGUUUUGAGCAGAGUCAAUUUUGAAUGUGAUAUUGUAGGAAGAAUGGAUCCGCAUCCCGGUGCGUCGUGGCGACUUCGUCUUCCUUCCGCCAGGAAUCUAUCACAGAUUCACCACUGAUCGCUCAGUAAGAAAACAAAAUCCUUAGCUUUGGUGAAAAAUGACUUUUAGGAAGACGUCGUUGCCCUCCGUCUGUUCCGCAACAACCCAAAGUGGACCGCCUUCAACCGCCAAGCAAACGGAGACGAACAGCCAAUUAGAAAGGCGUACCUCGACAGCAUCAGUGCUUGA